AUGUUGCUUUGUCCACAACGGCUCGUCCGGGUCCGCCCUCAGGCGCUGCUUUCGGCGCCAUGUAGGAGCCCCGGCUACUGGCAUCGGAGCUCGUGGACCCCGAACACUCGACACGCACUUCAAUAUGCGCUGAAUCAUACCUCAACGAUCCAACAGCGAAGCAGAGAUGGACAAACGGUCGGAGAAGUUGCCACUGAACCCUCGGAAAGCGAACCCAAGCAAGAUGCAGAGGCAGGCAAUUCGAAGCAAGCGGCUAAGAUUCCUCGACGUCCUAAAGCUGGCCUGCGGCGGAUCUCUAAAACGUCUGUCAAGAGUAUAUUGUUCUCACAUGGCCUCAGACCGUCAUAUGCAACAACAGUACAGCAGGGACUCAACCACGAGAUUCAGCGCGAGAAGAGAAUCCUGAGCGACAAGUCGGUCGCCAUUGCAACAAUUACACGAGGAAGGUCAAUAUACAACACCAAGGGAAGAAGGCUUCGAGUGUGGCAGCGGGCAUACGAAGAAAUCUACAAAGCCAAGCAUUACAAGCGCGAAGUCAACGAUGAACGCGUAAUACCGGCGCUGGACAAAACCGGAGAAGCUAUAUUGGCAAAGAUUCAAAAAGACUGCAAUGGAGCCUUCAGAAAAUUAUGGGCAGCCAGUGAUCGAGAUUUCAAAGCUAAGCACUGGCAAGCACUGGCUCUCUGGCUGCUACGGAAUGAUGUGAGAAUGUUUUUGGACUUUUUGAUUGUCACAAUGAAGGGCAAGGAGACGCCAGAUUUUACCAUGGUCACGGAUUGUCUUUUAUAUGUGGACAACUUCUACUAUGAGGAAUUGAAGGACUGGACAACCGGGCCUCGCGAACAUGGGUACUCGUGGAUGAUCGAGUAUUGUAUGCGUCCGGCCACUUGGCCCAUACUCGCGCCGCCACAAAAGGGCAUCCGGCUUUACAUUCGACGAGCUAGGCCUUAUGGUGUUCGAUUGGCCUUUCGUACGAUGAAAGAACGGAAGAUCCAGUGGAGAGCGGAAACGCAGCUGUGUUUUGUGAAUCGGUUCACUCAGCUUGGACAUGCUGAUAGGGCGUUGAACGCCUUGAAGCUUCUUCCACGGCUCAAUGACCCCAUAUUCACCAUGAACUCUCGAGGAGUUCUCCGACACUGCUGCAAACUGUUGACCUUGGACACUGUCGAGGACGGCGAAUCGGGACGCAACUUCAGAAUCCUCCCACAGCUCCUGGAGAUGGGUGUGCGACCUGACCGAGAUAUGAUGAAUGUGGUGCUUGCUAACGCCUACAAAACCGGCGACCACCAACUUGGCGCCGACAUGCUUCAGUUCAUGACGAGCCAGGACUACGCUUUUGACUCCUACACAUACGUCACUCUUCUCACCAAUGCCGUUUCACGGGGAGACCAAGCUCGUGUUCACGAGUUGAUCCGCGAGGUGGAUGCGCAAGAAGAAAUUCGCAAUAACCCAUACGUCGCCAACAAGAUUUUCCACGCCCACUACAUCUUUACCGCCAAGCACAUGGAUAUUGACGCUGACCCCUCCGGCGUUUUUUAUUCGAUGCUUGACAUGUACAACAACCUUCACGACAUCACGCCCCUAAAAGAGCUCUUCAUCAUCCCUCCUCAUUACAAAGCACGGGAAGAAGGCACCAACACGCCUCCCACUCCUAUGGCACUGUACAUUAUGAUUGCAACCUAUUUCCGCUGUGGCUGCCGUGUCUCGACUGUGCAACGCAUGUACUCGCGGUUCCAAGAGCUUGUCAGGCAGGGUCAUCCAAGCAUUGCCCCCUUGGCAGCUACCGAUCACACCUACAAUGAAUUCCUCAUUGCACUCCGCAAAAGCUCGCGUGCUAUGCACUCUUGCGUUCGGCUAGUGGAAGAUAUGCUCCACCCCCAGGGUAAUAUGGCCAUUGAACACGCCAAGCCGAGUUACCGUACUUGGGCGAUUCUUCUGAGUGUUUUCCUCUGGCACAGGCGACCAGCCGCUGCAGAGAAGAUCAAGGAUAUGAUGGAGAAACACCAGGUUCCCUACAAUGAUGUAACCUGGAAUCUUAUCAUCAACGGCUACGCUAAUGCGCAGAAGGUGCAGGAGACUGCUGCUGCCAUGAAGGCCAUGGAAGCUCAAGGAUUCGCUUUGGACUCGUAUACUAUGAAGUCUCUGCGGUAUCUUCGUGACCCCGAGCGUCUCUGGGUGGCCGUGGAUGAGCUUGAUCAUGCCGCCCAGGAAGCGGACUCUGUCCGAUCCUCUACGGCAGAGAACCCUGCUGCUAUUGAAGAUGCCCUGCGCGAUGAGUUGAUUGAAAAAGGUCUGCAGAAACUUGGAGACAAGAACAAGCCCAAGGAUUGA